UGAAGAAAAAAAACUCCUUUAUUCACACUGUUGAAGUUAGUUUUCUUGAACAUUCGCAAUCCCAGCUCGAUCGUACAUACUUAUCUCUUCUUUUCAGCUCCGUCGAACCAAGCUUCAGGUCGGAGACUUUCCUUCACUUUGCAGGUUUUUCGCAGUAAAAUAGAGAGUCAAGAAUGGCCACUGGAGGUGGAGAAGACUGGGACACUGUCACGUACCUUCGUGCCAAGCCCAAGACAGGACAGGCUGCUCGUUCUCAACAGGCGGUUAACUCUGCUCAACGGCACGGAUUGGACGUUGACACGCAAAAGAAAUACGCAGCCGGAACAAACAAGCAACAAGGAAAGGGCGCCGACACAUCGAAAUUAGAUAGAGAGACAGAAGAAUUACAUCAUGACCGUGUGUCCAUGUCAGUAGGCCGUGCUAUUCAGAAAGGACGACAAGAUAAGUCCAUGACACAGAAAGAGUUGUCAACGAAAAUUAAUGAGAAGCCUCAGGUUGUGAACGAAUACGAAAGUGGAAAGGCUAUUCCACAGAAUACCGUCCUAGCGAAGAUGGAGAGAGCUCUUGGUAUCAAGCUACGUGGUAAAGACAUUGGACAGCCUCUAACAUUCGGUCCCAAGAAGAAGUGAAUUGUUGUUUGGUAAAGUGUUUUCUAUUGUCUUCUCAUCGGCACGUUUCCCUACUGUGGCCGCCUCUCAUGCACCUUCUGCCCUGCUAUACUGCUGCUCCUGCUGCUGCUGCUACUGCUGAAGCCUGUUGAAUCGUGUCUUAUUUGCAAUUAUAAUUUGUUUGCAGCGUGAGGAUGAACACUAGUUUGCUGCUCGUGAUUAGGUGCUGUAAGCUCUCCCCAUAACCCCCACGAAAAGCACAAUGUUCUUGUGCCUGUGCUACCAUGGAAAUGUGUUACUGUACUUUAUCAGCCCAGCCCAGACCUCUUCUAGGCUAUUGCUAAAUUCCCAAGGCAUCGUUGUUUUUGUGCGUGCGCGAUUGGUGCUGACCUGUCUGUCCUGAAUAAAUGUUUGAGUGGCUGUUU